AUGUCUACUCCAGACCCACCCCUGGGAGGAACACCUCGUCCAGGACCUUCUCCUGGGCCUGGCCCAUCCCCUGGUGCUAUGCUGGGCCCUAGUCCUGGACCUUCACCUGGUUCUGCACACAGCAUGAUGGGCCCUAGCCCUGGGCCACCUUCAGCAGGACAUCCCAUACCUCCUCAGGGCCCUGGAGGUUAUCCUCAAGAUAAUAUGCAUCAAAUGCAUAAGCCAAUGGAUUCCAUGCAUGAGAAGGGAAUGACGGAUGAUCCUCGAUAUAACCAGAUGAAAGGGAUGGGAAUGAGGUCUGGGGGACAUACAGGGAUGGGGCCUCCUCCAAGCCCAAUGGAUCAGCAUUCUCAAGGUUAUCCUUCUCCUCUGGGUGGCUCUGAGCAUGCCUCAAGUCCUGUUCCAGCUAAUGGACCAUCUUCAGCCCCACAGAUGUCAUCUGGUCCUGGUGGGGUACCAUUAGAUGGUAGUGACCCACAAGCGUUAGGACAGCAAAACCGUGGCCCAACGCCUUUUAAUCAAAACCAACUGCAUCAGCUCAGAGCUCAAAUUAUGGCAUAUAAAAUGCUGGCUAGAGGGCAGCCUCUACCAGAUCACCUGCAGAUGGCAGUGCAGGGUAAAAGACCAAUGCCAGGAAUGCAGCAGCAAAUGCCAACACUACCUCCACCCUCUGUAUCUGGGACAGGACCAGGACAAGGACCAGGACCUGGACCUGGGCCUGGUCCAGGACCCGCACCUCCAAAUUAUAACAGACCUCAUGGUAUGGGAGGGCCAAACAUGCCCCCUCCUGGACCCUCAGGAGUUCCCCCAGGAAUGCCUGGACAGCCCCCUGGUGGGCCCCCAAAGCCCUGGCCUGAAGGACCCAUGGCAAAUGCUGCAGCCCCCACUAGCACACCUCAGAAACUGAUUCCUCCCCAGCCAACUGGGCGCCCUUCACCAGCACCCCCUGCAGUACCUCCUGCAGCUUCUCCUGUCAUGCCACCACAGACACAGUCCCCUGGGCAGCCGGCCCAGCCUGCCCCCAUGGUUCAGCUUCAUCAGAAACAGAAUCGAAUCACUCCUAUCCAGAAGCCGAGAGGACUUGAUCCAGUAGAAAUUUUGCAGGAGAGAGAAUAUAGGUUACAGGCCCGGAUUGCCCAUCGAAUUCAGGAACUUGAAAACCUUCCUGGGUCCCUUGCUGGAGAUUUGAGAACAAAAGCAACUAUUGAACUGAAAGCGCUCAGACUGCUAAACUUCCAGAGACAGUUGCGUCAGGAAGUUGUGGUAUGCAUGAGAAGAGACACAGCCCUGGAAACUGCACUGAAUGCCAAGGCUUACAAACGCAGUAAGCGGCAGUCCCUUCGUGAGGCCAGAAUAACAGAGAAACUGGAGAAGCAGCAAAAGAUUGAACAAGAGCGGAAACGCAGGCAAAAGCACCAGGAAUACCUCAAUAGCAUUCUUCAACAUGCCAAGGAUUUCAAAGAAUACCAUCGAUCUGUCACUGGCAAAAUCCAAAAACUCACAAAAGCAGUGGCUACAUACCACGCUAAUACUGAGCGGGAACAAAAGAAAGAGAAUGAGCGAAUUGAGAAGGAGAGGAUGCGAAGACUUAUGGCUGAAGAUGAAGAAGGAUAUAGGAAGCUUAUUGAUCAAAAGAAAGAUAAGCGUCUGGCAUACCUACUUCAGCAGACAGAUGAGUAUGUGGCUAACCUUACAGAACUGGUACGACAACACAAGGCUGCACAGGUUGCCAAAGAAAAAAAGAAGAAAAAGAAAAAGAAGAAGGUAGAGAACGCAGAAGGACAGACACCUGCAAUUGGACCAGAUGGAGAGCCUUUGGAUGAAACAAGUCAGAUGAGUGAUCUCCCUGUGAAAGUGAUCCAUGUAGAAAGUGGGAAAAUCCUCACUGGCACAGAUGCCCCCAAAGCAGGACAAUUGGAGGCAUGGCUUGAGAUGAAUCCAGGAUAUGAAGUAGCCCCUAGAUCUGACAGUGAAGAGAGUGGUUCAGAAGAGGAGGAGGAGGAAGAAGAGGACGAGCAGCCACAACCAGCGCAACCUACUCUCCCUGUGGAUGAAAAGAAAAAGAUCCCAGAUCCAGACAGUGAUGAUGUCUCUGAAGUGGAUGCAAGACAUAUUAUUGAGAAUGCCAAGCAAGAUGUUGAUGAUGAGUAUGGCGUCUCUCAGGCCCUUGCUCGUGGUCUGCAGUCAUAUUAUGCUGUGGCCCAUGCAGUUACUGAAAGAGUGGACAAACAGUCUACACUUAUGGUUAAUGGUGUACUCAAACAGUACCAGAUUAAGGGAUUGGAGUGGCUGGUGUCCUUAUAUAAUAAUAACCUGAAUGGAAUCCUGGCAGAUGAAAUGGGUCUUGGCAAAACUAUCCAGACAAUUGCUUUAAUUACAUACCUCAUGGAACACAAGCGUAUCAAUGGACCUUUCCUCAUCAUAGUACCUCUUUCAACUCUGUCAAAUUGGGCAUAUGAAUUUGAUAAGUGGGCUCCUUCUGUGGUGAAGGUCUCCUAUAAGGGCUCUCCAGCAGCAAGACGAGCUUUUGUACCUCAACUUCGGAGUGGAAAAUUCAAUGUCUUGCUAACUACAUAUGAAUAUAUUAUAAAAGAUAAGCACAUUCUUGCCAAGAUUCGCUGGAAGUACAUGAUUGUAGAUGAAGGUCACAGGAUGAAGAAUCAUCACUGUAAACUCACACAGGUCCUGAACACACACUACGUAGCUCCACGGCGCCUGCUGCUGACAGGGACGCCUCUGCAGAACAAGCUACCUGAGCUGUGGGCACUGCUCAAUUUCCUCCUCCCAACCAUCUUCAAGAGCUGCAGCACCUUUGAGCAGUGGUUCAAUGCUCCCUUUGCCAUGACAGGAGAAAAAGUAGACCUGAAUGAAGAAGAAACUAUUCUGAUUAUCCGACGUUUGCACAAAGUGCUACGACCGUUCCUGCUCAGACGGUUAAAGAAAGAAGUUGAAGCCCAAUUACCUGAAAAGGUGGAAUAUGUGAUCAAAUGUGAUAUGUCUGCACUGCAGCGCGUCCUCUACCGGCACAUGCAGGCCAAGGGAGUACUCCUGACAGAUGGCUCAGAGAAGGACAAAAAGGGUAAAGGUGGCACCAAAACACUGAUGAACACCAUCAUGCAGCUAAGGAAGAUCUGCAACCAUCCUUACAUGUUCCAGCAUAUAGAGGAAUCUUUUUCUGAGCACUUGGGAUUUACUGGAGGCAUUGUCCAAGGCCUGGAUUUAUAUCGAGCCUCUGGAAAGUUUGAACUCCUGGAUCGAAUUCUUCCCAAACUUCGAGCAACCAACCAUAAGGUGCUCCUUUUCUGCCAGAUGACCUCUCUCAUGACAAUUAUGGAAGAUUAUUUUGCUUAUCGUGGCUUUAAAUACCUCAGGCUUGAUGGAACCACGAAAGCUGAAGACCGUGGUAUGUUGCUGAAAACCUUCAAUGAACCGGGCUCUGAGUAUUUCAUUUUUCUCCUCAGUACUCGGGCCGGGGGUCUUGGGCUGAACCUCCAGUCUGCAGAUACUGUGAUAAUUUUUGACAGUGACUGGAAUCCUCACCAGGACUUACAAGCACAGGACCGUGCCCAUCGUAUUGGGCAGCAAAAUGAGGUCCGGGUCCUCCGUCUCUGCACAGUUAAUAGUGUGGAAGAGAAAAUCUUGGCUGCAGCCAAAUACAAACUAAAUGUUGACCAGAAGGUUAUCCAAGCUGGUAUGUUUGACCAGAAAUCCUCCAGCCAUGAGAGAAGAGCUUUCCUCCAGGCAAUCCUAGAGCAUGAGGAACAGGAUGAGAGCAGACACAGCACGGGCAGCGGCAGUGCAAGCUUCGCCCACACUGCCCCUCCGCCAAUGUGCCUCAACCCUGACUUGGAGGAACCACCUCUAAAGGAAGAAGAUGAAGUUCCGGAUGACGAGACUGUUAAUCAGAUGAUUGCCCGACACGAAGAGGAGUUUGAUCUUUUCAUGCGCAUGGAUUUGGAUCGUAGGCGAGAGGAAGCUCGAAACCCGAAAAGAAAGCCACGCCUCAUGGAAGAAGAUGAGCUUCCAUCUUGGAUCAUUAAAGAUGAUGCUGAAGUUGAGAGACUGACUUGUGAGGAAGAAGAAGAAAAGAUGUUUGGGCGCGGCUCUCGCCACCGUAAAGAAGUCGACUACAGUGACUCGCUGACCGAGAAGCAGUGGCUCAAGGUAUAUACUGCCAUAGAAGAAGGUACACUGGAGGAAAUCGAGGAAGAAGUUCGACAGAAGAAGUCAUCUCGGAAACGCAAACGAGACAGCGAUGCCGGCUCUUCAACACCGACAACCAGCACUCGCAGUCGUGACAAGGAUGAUGAGAGCAAAAAGCAAAAGAAACGUGGCAGACCUCCUGCUGAAAAGCUCUCCCCGAACCCACCAAACCUCACCAAGAAAAUGAAAAAGAUUGUGGAUGCUGUGAUCAAAUACAAAGACAGCAGAGUGACGAGCAGUGUGUAAUGUGUAGAAGCUUCUCCACACUAGCCCAAAACAACAUGACUUAUAACUGUUGAACUAUGGAAGAGCCAUUUCCAAUUGCACCAUAUUGUUAAAAUGGCCAGACUUGUUCUCAUCUUUAAGAAAUGUUCUGCAAAUAUUUUUUUAAAAUCUCCUUGGUCAAAAGUGAAAACGACCUUAAUGAAGUCCAGUCUGGUCUGAUUCUUCCAUCUUCUGUGACAUCAGCAUCAUCUGCAGCCAAACAGCUACAAACAAGUCAUGAGGAGUCGUAGCAGCUGCCCCCUUUGAAGGCAGAAUCUCCCCCUUCCCCAGGAAUCCAGCAGCCCUUGGUCUGAGCUUUUGCAAGAGGCAUAUUGUCUGCUAGCAAAUCAAUGGUAGCAGCUGGGAAUCCAGCUUAAGCAGAUAAAUUUUUUUAAUGACUGAGACCAGAAGGUGGCGCUCUCUAACCAAAUAUCUUUUAGACUAGAAGCAUGAACACUAAAACAAUAGGAAGUACCCGCAAACCCUGGCAGAAGGAAGCCAGCACAUAUAGGAACACCCUAGUCUUUUUCCUCAUAGAGGCUUUGAGUACUGAACAUCCUGGCUGAAAAACAUGGUGUCUUCUACUAGACUCAAGGCCUGAUGAAGCCUUGAUAACUGAAGGGGCAGGUCAGGGUCCCGAAGAGAGAGCGAAGCCUGUUGUGGCCACAGUGCAUGUGGCCCUAUGAACAAAGGAGUAGGGAAGCAUGGAACCCUCGUUCCUUCUGUGGCUGCUACCUCAGAAGCAAGCAAGAAAGGCAACAAGCUUACCCCCAAAUGGCAGGACAGUCCAGUAGGGCUGAGAGGUGUUGAGGAAGGUUACCAAUAUCUUUAACAAACAGUUAAUAGUUUGGGAUAGUAAACUAUCUUAAAGCAUAAGGAAUGGUAUGCCUUAGGAUGGUCAGCCACAGAGCUCCCUGUGGUACCCCAAGCAGGGACUGCCUUGAAUUGGAUGACGCCGUCUUGCCAGAGAAACUACCCAAAAGCUCCAGGGUGAGCAGAGUGGAAAAGAGAGGCUUUGGGCUCAGAAGACUUGGGUUAACAUCCUGUUUUUUAACUUAAUGGUGAUAUAACUGGGAUUACCAUUGAGCUUAUUCAGAAUCUCUGGUUUUAUGGUUUACGUAAUCAAAAGAAGAGGCUCCUAGACCUUGAGAACUAGAAGGGAACAUGAAGAGAUCUCUUUGUUAGCCUGCUUAGUACAAAUGAGGACCUUCAGUCCCAAACUGCAUGGGCUGGGACUCACUCACAAUAAUAGUCCUUAACUUCCUUGGACUGAAGACCAAAUGCAAGAAAAUGUAGUUAUGUGAACCUUAAAACAUUAGAUAAAUGUAAGUUAUUUCAAUUUAUGUACAAAAGACAAUCACAUGAAAGAAUUUAUUAUGAAAUGGAAAGAAUUUUGUUAACAUGCUGCUGUAAAUGGUAAAUAAAUUUAAUGGACAAUAUUGUUGCAUUUUAAGUAACGAAGGAUGUGAAUAAUUCAGAGAAACCCAGAAAUAUUUGUUUGAACUGAAUCAAAGUAAAGAGAGUGAACCCAGGAGAGCAGUGGACAUGGUGACCACAGUCAUGUGAACAGAAAGACUACUCUGAGAGGUGUCCAGAUCCAGAAUACUUGCAGGGACUCCCAUCAAUUCCCUCUGACUGAAACUCAAAACGCUCCCUUGCUCUCUGCUAAGAAAUGGCACACCUCUGCACAGACGAGCACAUUUGGCCCCUCAUAGGCACUAGAUUGGACAGUUUGAUUUGACUGGUUUUUUUGAUCUCUUUGUAAGAGAUGGUUCUACAUAGGGGUAGGAUUAUUGUUGGGGAAUGAUUGUUGUAUAAGAACAUUACAUCCCAAAACUUUUUUUAAGAUUUUUUGAAGAAAGAUUUUUUUGUUGUCAAAAGCUGCUGUAUAUCUCAUUUCCAAAAUUUGAAGCAGUAAAGAAGGGCAACAGAUUUAAACUAAAUCAUCUCUGCAAAAAAGACUUUAGCAACUAUUUAUUUCCCCUUCCUCAUUUCACAGAGGAAGAAACUGAGGCUCAGAGAAGUGAUAAAAAUUGGGGUCAAAGUAGCAGUAAAAUCAGUUGCUCUCCUGUGUUCUUUAUAUUCUGUUGUGGGAAUCUCACUUGGGUCAUGUGGUCUUAGAAAGGAAUCCUUAGCAUCAUGACCUGAGAGCUAGAUUGAGUCAGGGAACUCUAUGUUCAGUUGUGUGACACUGGACAAGUCACUUACCUGCUCCCAACCUCAAUUUUCCCAUCUGCAAAAUGAAAUGGUAUUUGUCCAAUGUGGUGGUUGUGAUGAUGAAAUGAGAUAAUUAUAAGCCACCUUAGAAACCUUAAAGCAUGGCUGCUAUUAUUUGAAAAGGACUGUUUUACAAAUAAGCUAACAGAUUUGGCAAAAAGCCAUACCUCUUUCAGAUAGUUGGCCAAGGAUUACUUACUGCCUGACAGUGUGGGCAGGGCCUUUGUCCUACUUGUAACUUCUGAUUCAUUUCUCACCUGCUGCUGAAGCAUAUGAAACAGUUUGUUUGGGAGAAGUAAGUUCCUCUUUAGGUCAAGAGAAAUAAAAACACCAAAGAGUAGAGGAAUUUAUUUCAAUUUGAGCAGACUUUCAGUUUACCAGAAGUCUAGGGCAGUCAUACACAUGAAGCUUCAGAAGUAGCUGAUACCGACAACUCAAAGUGAUUCUGAGAAGCCUGGGUGUGAUCAGUGAGCUUAAAGAAUUAGUAUGAUUGACACCCCGUGUCUUUUGUGGAACUAAGCACUUGCUGUUACCUUCCCAAUGGUGGACAGAACCCUGUAACACCCUUAGAACACAAAACUUCCUUGCUUUAUUCUGAUGGUUUCUUGUGUUCUUUGUUGUUUGCCUACUUGUCUUAAACUGGAAGAAGCUAUAAGAUACUCAGUUCUGUGGAAGUCUAGCCACUGGUGUCUCCAUUUGUAACAAAAAAUAAAAACAUUCAAAAGUUCA